UCAACGAUUUCUGCUCUGGUUUAAACCAGCUGGCACCGGUUCUUGUUCACUAUCACUUCUACUUUUUGUUGUGGUAAAUAUUUCUGUCCGCAUUAUUAUCUGCGUCCCCUGCAUUUCUCCCUUCGUUUGUUAACUAGAACCUUUACUUUUCAUUACGGUGCCGCAUCUUUAGUACCAAGAAAAUGAAAGUUUAUUUAGUUGCAUGCUUUCUGCUGUCCACAUUCAUACUGAUUGAAGCUGUCAGUCAUCUUCAAGAAGAUGUAUUUCAUGAUUCAGAUGAUCAAGAGGUAGUAUAUAGAGUAUCUCGUGGAAUACACAGCAAGAAAAAGGAUGGAGAAUGCCGUUACAAAAAAGGACCAUGGAGUGAAUGCGAUUCUUCAAACAUGCAGAAAAAAACACUUACUUUGAAAAAGGGUGAUUCUUCAUGUGAACAAACAAAAGUGAUCUCAAGAAAAUGCAAGAAAGCUUGUAAAUAUGACAAGGGAGACUGGAGUGACUGUGAAGUCAGUACUAACACCAGGGUGCGUACUGAUAGCCUUAAACCUAAAAGUGAUUCCUCUUGCGAACCUACUAGAACAUUAUCCAAGAAAUGUAAAAAAGUUUGCAAAUACAAUAAACAAGGUGCAUGGAGCGAAUGUGACUCUGCCACUGGUCGCAAGACUAAGGUUCUGGUCCUAAAGAGUGGAAGUCCACAGACAUGUGAAGCCAACAAGAAAAUCACUAAACCUUGCCACAAAGGUUCUAAUCAUAAGAAUAGUGGUAAGGGUAGACAAGAUUAUGAUGAAGACGAGUAAAGGUUCCAGGAUUCUUCCUAUCAGCAUUUUGUUCUUUCCUCCCAAAAGCUCAUUUUUAUAUCAUUCAAGCAUUAUAAGUAUUAAUUUUUUCUCUUCUUUUUCACUGUAAAUCUUUUUACUAGCUAGGUUGAAUCUACCUAAACUUGUAGUGAUCUUAGAUGUACCAUUUCUUCUAGACUCUAUAGAGAUGUUGUCUUUUUGUAAAAUCAUUGUUUUUCAGUGUGGUUUUUGUGUGCAUAAAUGUUGAUUUUUUUUUUUCAAAAUAUAUUUGUAUUUUUGCUAAUUUUAUUCUAAGUUUUGCAUAACUUAGAAAAUAGUUUUGUUUCACAUAUUGGUGUGCUUAUUACCAAUGCAGUUCAAUGCAGUCUUCGUCAUUUGUUUCUUGUCUUUUUUUUUUAAUUUAAAUUUUUGCAUUUAGAUUUUUUUUAAUGCAGUGUUCAAAAACUUUAGAAAAUUUUCUGUGUUGCUGAUUAAAUGUGGAGAAAAUUCCAAAGAGGCCGGUAAUGAAAUUAUGUAUGAAACAAAGUUCUAAUAUUUUAAUUAUUUGAUUGGUAGGAGAAAUUUUUUUUUAAAUAAAUUGUGUGUAGAAAUUAAAAUUGCUGAUUUUUUUAAUUGCUAUUUUGAUCAAGAUGUGUUAGCAAAUCUCCUUUAUGUAUUCGUGAUAAACAAUUAUUCUGUGUGAUGAUUAAAUAUACAUAUGCUACUGAGAUUUCCAGUUUUCUGAUUUGAUUUAAAAUUCCUGCAUGCAUAGUAGUAAAUGGAAAUGACAUGUUUUAUGCUUUAUACUGGUUUGCAAUAUAUUCAAAUAUUAUUUACAAUUGUUGGAUUUUAACUAUACAAUAAAAAUUGAAUGAAUAGAAUAUUGAUUGGCUAUUCAGCAUUAUUAUCUUAAUUUUUUUUUUAUUUCAUUAUACAGUAUUUGUUCAUAGUCUUUAUUUCUCAUUUGGCUGUUUGUUUUCUCGUGUCAUUUAUUUCUGUACCAAAUGUUAACGUAAAAAAAAAGUCUUAUCAAUCAUUUUGAUCUUAAAACUCUUUUCAUGCUAUCUUUUUUUGGUUAAAAAAAAUCAUGAAAUCAGCAUUCAUAAAAAAAAAAACAAUUAUAAAAAAAUUUUAAGGGCUUUUCUUGUUUCAAUAUUCAACACUUGUUGAAAAUUUUCGAUUCUUGUUCAAGCUUAAAAUUUAAUUUCACUAAAAUCAUAUUGCUACUGAGUGCAUGGGUUUUCACUGGACCUUUUCUUAUUGUUGCUUAAUAUGUGCUAUAACUUCUGUGAUAAUUGGCUGUUUUGAACAAUUUUACAUUUUUUUUUUUUCAGUUUUAUAUGAUUUUCAUUUUUUAUACCAACUUUUUAUUCUCUUUUGAAGAUAAUUUUUUUCCUUAUAGUUUUCUCUUUUGCUUUUAUCUUUCUGGAAUAUGUUCCAUUUUUUCCUUAAUGCUGUGGACUUUGUGAAUGAUAAAGACGUGAUCAUAUGAUUCCAUAUUAUAGAGAACAAUGUGCAGAAUUCUGCAAAUUUUCAUGUUAAUUUCUGUUUGUGCAUAUUUGCUUUUGAUGUCACAAAGUACAAUUAGACUUGAAUUAGGAAGCCACACUUAUAAAUUAAAAGUGUAUUCAAAUGAAAAUCUACAUUUUUAGAUGUAAUUCAUGCUUUCUUUCAAAGUAUGCCAUUAUUUCAGAUGCUGUAAUAGUUUUAUUGAAUAUAUGUGGAAAUUAUACAUAAUUUCUGAAAUACUUCCUAAUAGGUAAUAGUAAUUUGUCAAAUACUGUUUGAUGAAUAAAAUAAAUUUGUCUUCAAACUUAUUAAUACUUAAAAAAAAAAAAAGAAAAAAAAGAUGCAAGAUAUGAUUUUAAAAAAAUAUCAUUCUUGUUAUAAAAUGACAAUAUUUCUCUGGAAGAUUAUGUUAAAUGAUGCAUUUUUUGAACAACUUACUCCUCAUAUUUUGAUUUGUAAAGAUUGGUUGGAUUUAAAUUAUUGGCAUUUCUUUAACCAAUGGGCAACAUUCAGUUUGAAUAAACCCAGGGUAGUUGAUUUUUUUUUUAGACUUGUUCAAGGCAGUAUGAAUAGUUACCAGCUCUCUUAUUACAAAUUCUGCUGUAACAAAAUUUGCUAGAUUACAAAUUUCAUAUGAUGUGCUAAAAGACAGUCUUGUAUGUUGUACUACUUAAACAUGUAUGUAGCUUUUUACAGUUGUCUAUGAUUUGUUUGUGUAUCUUUUUUUACACAUCUAUGAAUGUUUGUGUUUUAUAAGUGUACAGUUUUUAAAUGUGGCUGAUUUUGACUAAAAUUUGCAUUUUUAGAAUUAAUCAUUACAUAUAAAAGCAGUUUUGAAUGUAAAAUGAGUUUCAAGUAUUUUAUUCUAUUUGAAUCCUUCCUUUUAAUCAUUGCUUAUGAUUCAAAAGUAUUGUGCCAAAUAUUUUUAUUGGGAUACUUGAGUGCCAAAUUUAAUGCUUAAGAAAAGUGUUUUCUGAUUACCUCAUAUGAUUGUACUUCGACUGCUUCUAUCUUUUUUAAAUGUUGAAUAAAAUUUUUGGUUACUUUCA